CGAGGCCCAGCGUGAGCCCCGGAAGAGUCCCAGUGCGUCGUGAGCUAGGGUCACCGUGGAAAAGAAGUCCCUGACUUAUCUGCAUGCUGAUGACUGUCCUGCCUUUCUUCUAGAACAUUAUGGACCCCUGGAGGCCAGGCCCUCAGCCUUUCCAGCGGCCUGAGAAACCUGGUCGUGUCCGUCGUCGGAAGACCAGGCGGGAGCGUAACGAGGCUCUGAUGGGCAGCCGGCGGCCUUUGGCCCGUCAGGAUCCUCCUGUGACCAGUCAGGAUCCACCUUUGGCUCCUACUCUUUCCAAGCUCGUGGUCAUAACACAGGGCCGGCUGAGCCGGGAGCACCGGGGUCUCUUUAACCAUGAGGUGAAAUCUCUGGAUGUGGCACGGCUGCUUAGGAGUGGGUCCCCGGAGCCAGGCACCCCUUCACUCCCCACCAAACCCUCCCCAAGCCCAAGCCGGGCCCAAGACCCAGCUCCCCAGUCAAGGGGCAAAGAGAACCGGGUGCCUAGAGGCUCAGGCCCAGGCCCACCCAGUCCCCCAGAGCUCCCGGGCUUGGGGCAGCUGCUGGAAGAGCUGCAGUGCCAGCUAAUUCUGCCACAGGCCUUCCCCAGGAGGAACCUAGUGCAAGAGGCCAGGGAUGCCAUCAUGGGCACCUUACAGGCCUGCCAUGGCUGUGUGCCAGACCUUACCCUGGUGCUCCGUGACUGCCGGCCACCCUUACCAGGGACCAAACCUGGAGGCCCUGAAAGACGAAGGAUGACACCCUCCUGGAUCAACAGCCCGGAGCAGGCCCCACGGGAGGGGAGGCAGAGGAGGCCGCAGAGGACAAAGGAGCUCACUUUCACCAUGCCUCACACCCCCAGCACUUCCAUGGUGCACAGGGUGAGCCUGGCGCCACCAAAAGGUCCCUGGCCACCCACCUUGCCCUUGUUGCCUUCGCCAUCUGGGGCAGCCUGGGGCCCCCCAACAGCCUUUGACCUACUGAAAAGCAUCUGGCUGGUAGCCACACCUCCCCCUCCCCGGCCCUGGGGGGUCGGCCCACAACAACCCCUGCCUCAGCCACCAUCAUCCUUGUUGCCCGCAACCUCUGCCCUGGACUGGAGCCCCAGCCCUCCUGCCGCACUGCCCAGCCUCUCCUGGGUGGUGGCCCAGAGGAGCCCAGAGGCCUGGUCCUUUCCACCUAUGAGACUGUACUGAGGGGACUGAGGCUGGGCGAGGGGCAGGAAACCUGCACUCCUGAUCACUUCAAUAAAGUACCUUCUUCAUGGUCC